AAAAUGCAUCAGCUUUAGUUGAUUACACACACACUUCCAUUCACUGGCGAGAUGGCGGCCAACUUGGCCUCUCUUAACCAUGAACAAUUGCAAGGAUUCGGCCAAGAGUUUCUGAAAACGUAUUAUACUUUUCUCGAUGGACCUGCAGCGAGUAGAGCAGGAAUUUCCCAACUUUAUAACGAUAACUGCCAGAUGUCAUAUGAAGGCAACAAGUUUGUAGGGAAACCUGCUAUUGAAGCAAAAUUUGCUUCUUUUUCCAAUAUGAACAUGAUGCAUGACCUUUCAUCCUUUGAUGUACAGGCUGUGAGUGACACAGCUGUUUUGAUCACAGUGCUGGGACAGUUUAAGACGGAUGACCAGGAACAUGCACUUGGAUUUACGCAGACGUUCUUUGUGAUGGGAGAUCCGGAAGGAAGAUUUACAAUAUUAAAUGACAUUUUUCGGUUGACUUUAUUCAACAAUGCAUAAAUACACUUCUCAGAUCAACUACAUAAUCUCAGUUUGUGAAAUUGUUUGGAUAUUUCUGUGAACAACUCUUCAAGCAGGACAUCAGUUUUGAAAAUUUGGAUGCGGAACAACAGGAAGAAUUUUGAGCUUUCUAAAACACCUCAGCUAUAUAUAGGGACAUCUAUAGGAAGAGUGUUUGAAUGACAAAGAUUUUUGAGACUAGCAUGUAAAUUGGUUCGACAUGGUCAUGAUAGGUGUGAUAUAAAACCAGUUUAGUUCACAAACUUGCCACUAGAUGUCAUUCUUGUCCUGUGACAGAAUGAUAUACCCACAAUGGUAGCAUCAAAAAUGUGAAUUCAUAUACUUUAAUUAAGACAAUGUUGGAAUAAAAUGAAUACCAACCAAAUGAUCAGUCGAUGCUAGUACUACGAGUCACUCCACCAGAAAGUAAUCGGAAUUAAAUUGAAUAAUGGCAAGUUUUUGAUUUUGGAAUGAGAGAUUUUGAAGUAAAACAAAAAUGUGAAAUGUUCGAAAUUGAUUUUAUUGUUUUGAUACAUCAGUAUAUGACGCUUUUCAAGCUUUUCUAUGAAUGUUCUAACUACCGAUGUGGGUUAAUCAUAAAUCAGUCACAUUUUAUUGUAGGCUUGGUUUUCGUGGAAGCUAUUUUUUUCUACGUGUUAACUUCCAACCCAGUGUUAGUAAAAAAAAAUGUGUUUGUACCUUUGAAUUGCAUCUUUUCACACCUCCUCCAUCUGUAUAACGUUUUUAACAGUCCCGCACAGUUCAUUUUGAUGACCUUUAGAUAGUAGUUGAGCUGAAUAACCAGAUACUAGAAAUGCAACUGACUAGAUGCGUGUGUAUGUUACAUUUUGCGUAAUGUAUUAAUAGAACUCUUGCUUCAUUUCCAUACAGUUACAUGUAUAAACUAUUGAAGAAUGUAGGAAAGAAAAAAAGUGUUUUCAAUGAUAAUCCAACUUGUGCAGUGCAUGGUUUAAGCUGCUGGGAUGAAGAUUUCGACAGAAACAUCAACGUCCGUUUUAUUUACUAUGUUACAGCUUUUGAAUUUGCAAUUUUUUGUGUUUAUGUGGAAAAAUAAGAAUGUGUACCAUGUUGAAAUUUCGGUGCAGUGUCUUUUUAAUAGAAAUAUUUUUUCUUGUUGAAGGGACAGGUUCACCAUACAGUAAAACCGUUAUGAAACAUUGAUACAAACCUGACUGAAUGUAUAAUCAAAUGUUGCAUAAGUAUUUUUGUUCGUAGUAUGGUGUCCAGAUUUUAUCAAGAUUUUGCAUUUAACUUUACUUUGAAAUUUAGUAAGUGAAUUGUAAAAUCAAGCACCGCCUUAUGAAUAGGGUAAAGAGUACCAACAGGCUAUACAAUAUCAUUACCCCUGUCACUAUUUAUCAAAAGUACAAUUUCAUAAAAAUCGGGCUGUGAAACGUGAACAUUUCCAGAAUUAUAAUAUAGUUAUAUGGAAUUAGGUUUUAAAAAAAAAUGCAAAAAACUUGAAAGGAAACAGAAAAAAAUUGAACUUUGACAUUGUAAAUUAACCCUACAAUUUACCAAUGUUGUUGUCCAGGAAAUUUAGUCAAAAUUACUCUUAGAGGAACUCUUCCUCUGGAUUAACUCAUUCACCCCUGAAGACACAUUUGAACUCUUCCAAUUCAAAGGUUAAAUACAUAUAGUUAAAUUUCAGGGGUUAUGAGUUAAGUGAUGCAGUGGUACCCUUAACCUUAUAACACCAAGCUUAUCUUGUGUGUUAUGAAUAUAUGACCUUCUUAUUUCCAGUCGGCUUGGAGCCAAAUAUUUUAGUUUAAUGGAUCCAGAUUUAUUGUUUGUUGCAAGUAUGGUGAAGUAUGUCCAAAUAAAAUCAUACUGCACAAGAUUAAACACCAA